AUGCACAAGGCCAAGGGCAGGGGGGGUCCCCCUCAGCGGACCAGCAUCCUCAGUGCCUUGAAGGCGACGGAGAUGCUGGGUUCCAAGCCGACCCUCCCCGCGGCAGAGAUUCUUGUCGCCAUUCUCGACUACCUCCCCGUCUCCGACCUCAUGCGCGUCGCGCGGUGCUCCUGGCGCAUGCAGGAGAUGGUCUACGACGACACACGAUGGGUGGCCCGGUUGAAAAGCAUGGGGUGCUGGGACGAGGCCGAGGCGAGGCAGCACUUCGAAAACGCCAUGAGGAGGAGGCGCGAAGCCGCAGAACAGGCCAAGGCCGCGGCGAGACAACCUGGAACGGGACCAAACGACGCGACCGCGCGACCUGCGGGGGACAUGACGAUAUUCGACGCAUCGGUAGAGGAGGACCGCCAGAAACGAAUGUUCGAGCUGGACGGGUUCGAGAAGUUGUCGCUGGCGCCCACGCAGCCGGCGAGUGACCCGUUCAAGGACCCACAGGCGCUGUUGGACGUGAUCAAGAACUCGAGGAGUAUAAGAGGGCAUGCGCGGCAAGAGUAUGGCAAGAUCUACGGCGCUCUGGGGCCGUUCUACCAGGACCUGGCGAGGGCGAGAAGUCACACGGACCCGGUCGUCUUCCAGGUCUUUCGAGACCCGGAGCAGCAGGCGCAAAUGCUGUCCAACCUGCACACAUUUGCAAAGAGUGACUGGGCGCAAGGGUGGAGCGAACGGGAACAAAAGCUGCUCACGAUGACAGGCAUUUUCGAGGGGGCCGUACUACGAGAGUUCGAACAAGGAUACGAGUUCUGGGACGUGGAUGGCAGAAUGCGGCGCUACGCCCAUGUCCUUCACACGCUCAACGGCGGCGCCGCGAGCGUUGAUCUCUUUAUUCAGAAGCACCCCAUCUUCAACGACACGGAGAUUAUAUCGGCAAACUCGGUAGACUGCCUGAACAGAGCUGGGGCCGACGACGCCGACCUCGAACCGUCACAGGUGUUCUUCGAGCUGUUGCUCAAGAAGGCCAAUGAGCAGACGUCCAUUAUGGAACGCAUCUUUCCAGAAGCGGAAACGUCCUUCUGGGAGCUCAUUGAGAAGAUCCGAGACGACAUCAUUCUGGAGUACUCCACUUCCUUGUUUGAUGCGGCACAUCAGCGAAGCCUUGGGGCUUAUCUAAAGGCGGUAUCAGGUGUUUUCGAACAGACAAUGCUGUUCUUCCAGUCUUUGACUCCACCGAAAACCUCAAAGGAGACGAUCGAGACCAAGGCCAGGGAGAUGACCAUUAGAGUGUUUGAGCCGCACGUUGACCUCUAUCUGCAAGAGGAGCUGGACUUUUUCACCAAGCACGCCGAGUCAGAGGUCGGUACCUGGGAGAAGAGGUUAUCAGAGCAGGAUGCCUCCGUCGAGUCCUUUUACAUGUCAAACAUCAAUCGUCAAGUUGAUAAGACGGACUUUUUGAGUUCGUUCAAAAAGGUCGUCAUGAUGCCUGUCAGCGUCCUUCCCAGCUUCCAAGCACCCUUUGGCGGCGGCGCAAAGCCCUCGACAGCGACACCGGCCAACGGUUCGGGGCUCAACACACCUCAAUUGUCUCGUCCUGAGACACCAGGCGUCAGGGGGAGUGUGGAUGGGCGCAAGAGUCCUCUCCCGGACAAGGCGCCGACGGACGAGCUGGCAGCCAAGGCGGCGCUAAUGGCUUCCCGUCUCGAAGGCAUCAAGUCAUUGUUCAGCAUUGAAGUCGCUCUCAACCUCGUCCACGCGGCGCAGACGAGCCUUGGACGGGCGGCGCAGUUCAUCCGACUCAAGGGCCAGUACGGCGAAGAAGCGCGCGAGCAGUGCGAGACCAUCUUUGUCGUUCUCCUGCGGAUUCUCGGGACAAAGCAUGUCCAGGUCGGCUUCGAGAAGGCCGUUGGGCAUCUCUCCAACUACAACCCGCGCGAGGUCAGCCACCACGACCAGUCGGGCGUGGCGCCGCUGGUGCAGUUCAUCGAGCUGGUCAACGUCGGCGACCUCAUCUCGCAAAUGAUUGACGUGUUCUACGAGCAGCAGCUCGCGGGCCCCAAGAUUGCCGAUAAGAACGACUUUCUCGACCCGGCGGGCCUCGCCAAGCGCAAGUGGGAGCAGAUGCUCGACGAGAACGUGGCGGCGGGCCUCAACAAGGGCAUCGACGUGCUCAUGGACGAGGUUGAAUUCCUGCACGGCUCGACGCAGCUGCCGACCGACUACAACCCGCAACUCGACGCCGCCAGCGGCAUCCUCGCGGACCCGGGCCCGACGGCGACGGCGCAGCGCAUCGUCGAGCUCGUCUCGGCGCACACGCGCAUGCUCGUCGGCAGCACGGACAAGUCGAUGCUCGACGUGUUCAACGGCGAGGUCGGGCUUCGCCUCUUCACGGCCGUCUGCAAGCACCUCAAGCGGCAGCGCGUCAGCACGGCCGGCGCCAUCAAGCUCAUCGCCGACAUGAACCUCUACUUUGAGUACAUACGCACGCUGCGCAACCAGGACCUGCUGGCCUACUUCAAGGCGCUGCGCGAGCUCAGCCAGAUCUACCUCAUUGAGCCGCAGCACGCCAAGGAGAUGGCCACGAUCAUCGCCGACGGUGACCGCUUUGGCGGCAUCUUCCGCGCCGAGGAGGUCUACGAGUACGCCCAGCGCCGCGCCGACUGGUACCAGGUCAAGACCAAGGUCGAGCGGGCCAUGUACGGGAUGGAAUGUCAGCUCAUGUAA